CGGCCCGGCGGGGGAGACCGAGGGCUCCGGGGACCGCGAGCUACACUUUCCUCUUCCCGGGGAACCAGGGCGGCCAGGCCUGCGCUCCGCGCACCCCGCCGCUUCCUCCGCGUCGUUCCGGAGCUCCGUGCCGAAGGCGGGCGACCCCGGCGAGGCCGGAUGGCGUAGCUGCGCCCGGGCCGAGCCGCCGCUGGAGCCCGGGCUGGGCGGGGACCGCCGCGGGUGAUCGGCUCGGGACGCGGCGCCGCCUCCGAGGCAAUUUGAGAACGGUGAAGAGAAAAUUGUAAGGUCAUUUUUGACUUUCGAAGACUGCGUGUGGAUCGGAUGCUGAAGUGACAAGAGGGGACACAGUGCCUGAGAAAGGAAGAUGGAGUCCCCCUCCUUCAUCGCCUUUUUUGCCCUUAUGAGCUCCUGUGUGGCCACAGCAGGUCCAGAGUCUGGCACCCAGUGCGAACUGUCACCUGUCAACGCCUCCCAUCCUGUGCAGGCCUUGAUGGAGAGUUUCACCGUCCUAUCUGGCUGUGCCAGUAGAGGCACCACUGGGCUGCCACAGGAGGUGCACAUCCUGAACCUCCGCAACCCGGACCAGGGACCGGGCCAGUCACAGAGAGAGAUCACACUGCACCUGAAUCCCAUCUCCUCCAUCCACAUUCACAACAAACCUGUGGUGUUCCUGCUCAACAGCCCAAAGCCACUGACCUGGCACCUGAAGACAGAGAGACUUGCCACUGGGGUCCCCAGACUUUUCUUGGUGUCCGUGGGUUCUGUGGUGCAGUUUUCAUCAGGAAACUUCUCCUUGACGGCAGAAACAGAAGAAAGGAACUUACCCUAUGGCAAUGAACAUCUGCUAAACUGGGCCCGGAAGGAGUAUGGAGCUGUCACUUCAUUCACUGAGCUCAAAGUUGCAAGAAACAUUUAUAUUAAAGUGGGGGAAGAUCAAGUAUUUCCUCCCACAUGUAACAUAGGGAAGAAUUUUCUCUCACUCAAUUACCUGGCUGAAUACCUCCAGCCCAAAGCAGAGGGAUGUGUGAUAUCCAGCCAGCCCCAGGAUACGGAAGUGCACAUCAUCGAGUUAAUCACUCCCAACUCCAACCCCUACAGUGCUUUCCAGGUGGAUAUAAUCAUCGAUAUCAGACCUGCGCGUGAGGAGCCUGAGGUGGUCAGAAACCUUGUCCUGAUCCUGAAGUGCCAGAAGUCUGUCAACUGGGUCAUCAAAUCCUUUGAUGUGAAAGGCAACCUGAAAGUUAUUGCUGCCAACAGCAUUGGCUUCGGGAAAGAGAGUGAAAGAUCCAUGACCAUGACUAAAUCUAUAAGGGACGAUAUCCCUUCCACUCGGGAGAACCUGCUCAAGUGGGCUGUGGACAAUGGCUUUCGUCCCGUGACCUCAUACACCAUGGCCCCAGUGGCUAAUAGAUUUCAUCUUCGGAUCGACAACAAUGAGGAGAUGAGAGAUGAGGAAGUCCAUACCAUCCCUCCAGAGCUACGCAUCCUGCUGGACCCUGGCAGCCUGCCCGCUAUGGAGAACCCACCCUUCCGGGGAGGAGGACGAAUUGGAGGUCUCCCCUUUCCUUUUCCUGAUCUCUCCCAGAGAGACCGGAAGGAAGGAGGAGAAGAUAGAAUCCUCCGGCCGCCGAAGGAUUCUGUUGUCCCCAGCAUUCAACUGUUUCCUGGUCCUAGAGAACCGGAAGAGGUGCAAGGGAGCGUGGAGGUUGCCCUGUCCAUCAAAUGUGACCAUGAAAAGAUGGUUGUGGCUAUAGAAAAAGAUUCUUUCCAGGCUAAUGGCUACUCUGGAAUGGAGCUCACCCUGCGGGAUCCUGCCUGUAAGGCCAAGAUGAAUGACACACACUUCAUUUUGGAGUCUCCUCUGAAUGGCUGUGGCAUGAGGCACCAUCGGGCGACACCUGAUGGUGCAGUUUACUAUAACUCUGUUGUGAUACAGGUUCCACUCCCUGGAGAUAGUAGUGGCUGGCCAGAUGGCUAUGAGGAUUUAGAGUCUGGUGAUAAUGGAUUUCCAGCAGAUAUGGAUGAAGGAGAAGCUCCUGUCUUCAGCAGACCUGAAGUUUGGAUGGUUAAUUGCAGCUUGGGGCAGCAGGGAAAUCCCAGUAGCUUCCAGGACCCGCCCAAUGAAAACAUCACGUUCAACAUGGAGUUGUAUAACACUGACCUGUUUCUGGUGCCCUCCCAGGGAGUCUUCUCUGUGGCAGAGAAUGGACACAUUUAUGUGGAGGUGUCCGUCACUAAGGCUGACCAAGAACUGGGAUUUGCCAUCCAAACUUGCUUUAUCUCUCCAUAUUCCAACCCCGAUAGGAUGUCUGAUUACACUAUUAUUGAGAACAUCUGUCCUAAAGAUGAAUCGGUGAAAUUCUAUAGUCCUAGAAGAGUGCACUUUCCCAUCCCACAAGCCCAGAUGGAUAAGAAACGAUUCAGCUUUGUCUUCAAGCCCAUGUUCAACACGUCCCUGCUCUUCUUGCAAUGUGAGCUGACACUGUGCACCAAGAAGGCCAAGGGACCCCAGAAGUUGCCUAAGUGCGUGCCUCCCGAUGAAGCCUGCACCUCACUAGACGCCGCCAUGAUCUGGGCCAUGAUGCAGAAUAAGAAGACAUUCACCAGGCCCCUGGCAGUGAUCCACCAAGCAGAAUAUAAAGAAAACGUUCUGAACACGAAGGAACCCAGUCCAUUUCCUCCACCCGUUUUCCAUGGUCUGGACACCCUGACGGUGAUGGGAAUUGCCUUUGCGGCAUUUGUCAUCGGAGCCCUCCUGACAGGCGCACUAUGGUACAUCUAUUCCCACACAGGAGAGACAGCAGGCAGACAGCAAGUUCCUACGUCCCCACCAGCCUCAGAGAACAGCAGUGCAGCCCACAGCAUCGGCAGUACCCAGAGCACUCCCUGCUCCAGUAACAGCACCACCUAGCCAGGCCCUGGGCUUACCAUUGCCAAGGGUGGGGCCCAGUGCUGGGGCCCUGGGUCCAGACUCAGAAGGCUUGAUUCGUUUUGGUUCCCCUGUCAAGAGAGUACGUUUCAGUAUAAAGGUCACUUGUGAUAGUCACCCCUCACAAAAGCCAACAUAAAUGUGACCCCUGGACUUGAGUAACACACUAGAAUUCUUGUGCAAAAGCUGGUAAGAUGGUGGUGGUCUUCUCCACCAGCCCUUCCCAGGCUGCGGGGGGGGGGGGGGGGGGGCGGGUAGGAGAGUGGUUUCUCAAUGUGAAACACAGGCCAGUUCUUCGUUUUUCAAUGCUGCUUUGUCCAGGUGAGAGAACAGUCUUGAUUUGGGGCUCUGAGUUUCCCCCAAGACUCAAGGAGAUGGGAAAAGGAUAAUAGCUAGAUACUCAAGCCAAAGAUGCUUUUACAUCUGAACUGAGAUUUUGUACGAAGCAAUGGCUCAAGGCUGCCCACAGGCACUGCCUCGCUGUCUGAUUGCACCUUUGUCUGGAUGCACAGUUAGGACCUGCCACACCAGAAGGAAGGGUCACCUGGGAGGUUUGCUGGGUUCCUGGGGGUCGCCUUGGGGUGGGGGAGGGAAUGCAUCCUGUCACACAUCAAGGCCACAUUCCUUUCUUGUGCCUUGGACCAAAACAAGUGCCUGUUACCUAACCUUGUCAGCUGCUGAUGACUCUAAACAAACAAAAAGUCUUAAUGCAGAUUUUAUAUUUCUUCUAGGCAUCUAGCAAUUGAAAUUAGCCUAAAUCUGAAACUACAGAUUUGUAUCCAUUUCUGACAUUGUGUCCUGAUAAAUUAAUGUCUACAUAGUGGAACACAGUUCAGUUGUAAAGUUGAGGAAUUUGCAAGGUGGCAUCUAGUGUGUCCAUGCACAAGUGUAUAUGUCAUCUGCUACAUUUGAGACAAACCUAAUGCCCUAAGCUUCCACAGUUGGAACUUAAGUUGCAUUUAGUAGAGCGAAUGUUGCUAUUCAAAGCACGUUAACCUUCCUAAUAAGCCCUUUUGUAAGAACCAAGCUCUUAAGAGACUCAGAUGCCUCCCAGAGCCUAUUAUGCCAAGAUACUGCUGAUUUGGGGAGAAUGGCACUCAUUUAGAUUGCUUUAAUGUAGCCCAAACUCAAAAAUAAAAAAAAAAUUAUUUGAGUCUCAUUAAAUGAAAUAGUAUGAUACCACUUUGCAAGGAAAAUAAGCUCAGCAAUGCCUCUGUGUUAAAAUAAAAUGCCAGGGGGAAAUUUGUCAGUGCCAAAAUAGUUACUGCUGAAGAUAAUGUCACUGAAAAUUAAAUACUGGUCUUUUCAGCCUCUUCCCCACCCCAUCCUGACUUAAGAUUUCAUACACAGAACAAAUUAGAGAACACCCUACAAAAAACAUUCAUUAGCUAAUACCACUGCCCUUAACAUAUGGUAUCUGUUCUUGAUCCUCCAUGAAUGGAGCCUUCUGUAGGAAAGGUUGGUGGAAUAUAGCACCUUAGGGCACUAACUCACAAGAGGAUGGGUAGAAGUGGCCCACCAACAUUCCCCAGUCUAUAGCCUGGUUGAUUGGAUAGCUGUAGACUUCAAUUGGAUGAAUUGACCAAAGCAGAUGGCAUCAGGGCUGUGAGCUCCAUGCUUGGUACCUUGAAUAUGUGCAGAUUUCCAUAUACAAAUGAAAAUGAUCUAAGACUCUAAAAACAUUUGCCUUUCACUAUCAUUAUUUUUAACCUAAGGGUAUCAGAGUGGAGGACCUAAAAUUACACUACCUGUGUUUGAAAAUAACCCGCUUUGCCUAACCUUCAGCAGAAUGUAUUGUUCUAGCAUGUUCUAUGUAUAAAAAAGAAAUUUAAAGAUGUCUUCAAAGAAGACUAGAGUCUUUAAAUCACAUAUAGCUAUAUUUUACUACAAAAAUGUGUAUAAAGAUAUAUUUAAGUGUUUUAGAUAAAUUUAAGUUACUCCUUAUGAAAUGCUUAAUUUCAGUUACUGUGAAUUCUUUUGAUCAGUCUGUUGCCUUUUAAAAGACCCUUUCCAUCUUGUUAUAAACAGUUUUUUAGCUAUGAUAUGAAAGAAAUAUGAAAAGAUCCAGUUCCUAUAUGGACAGGGCUUUAAAAAUUGUAAUAUAUUUAAAUGUAUAUUUUUGAGAGAGUUGCUACAUUGCCAAUGAUUUUAUAAGUACUCUUAAAUUUAAAUUUAUUUACAAACUUAUAGAUGCAAACCAAAAGAUUUUUAAAAGAAAGAGAGGGGGAGUCUCAUUGUUAGAAGAAUUAUUCAGAUCAAGAAGUUCAUGGUAAUAAACCUGGCCCUAUAUUGGAGAGUGAAUAUUGUUAAGUAUUUCUGAAGUGUUUCUCAAAAAUCAAUGUUCUAAUAAAAUAGGGUUUUCCCCUAGCUUCUUGUGAAGGCAUUUCUAUGUCAUCCCUCACAGGUUUGUCUUUUUUUCCCCCUAGAUAGGAUCAAGGCCCUAGCCUUGAACUUAAGAUCCUGCUUCCACAGCUUCCUAUGUGCUGGGGUUACAGCCCACACCACCAUGCCCAGCCAGCUUUCACAGUUUUAAUACACAGUACAAGCUCUACUUUUAUAACAUGUUCUUUAAGUGUCUUUAAAACUGUAGUUAUAUUCCAUUGAACUCUUCUGUCUGCAUAGUUCUGUGUUCUUUCUGUAGGUUGUACUCAUAGUUCACAGAGGCCAUUUUGAUUUUGUUUGUUGAUGCUAACCAUGUUGUUGAAAUGCUCCAAACUCAAAGGCAGAUUGUCUGUAGAAUAUCCUAUAACUGUUCACCAAGUGACAUUCACCAGCUGUUAUUCUCUUCUCUCUAUAUAUUUUUAGGUUAGAUUUUUUUCUGUCAGAACUGUUUGCAUAGCAUUUCCUAAAGACAAAAUGGUCUUUUUCUUGUCUGGUAAGAAGAUUGUAAAAAUCCAUUUCCUGCAUGUGUUCUCAGUGGGCACAAUGGAGGGGGGGAGGCACGCAUGUGCGGGCCAGUGUUUUCAUACUGUAACUACCUCAUGGUUGAAUGUUGACUGUACUGCUGGUUGUGUUAACAGACACCUUUUGUUGGGUGAGUUGUCAAUGCGAUGUUUUUCCUGUUUGUUUGAUCUGGGGUUGUUCAUAAAACUGACAGUUGUUUUUCUUAAAAGGUCUAUUAUCACUUUCCAAAUACAAUACUUCUCUCUUCUGGUUUUUCCUGAAUGAGCCUAGUUUUUAUUUUAUUUUCCAUCAUCUGCAAGGGUAAAAAGAGAACCCUGUAAAUCCCUGUGGCCAGUUUGAACACCCCUGUUGCUGUCUUUUCUCUGUUCAGUGUGUCAGCAAUUUUGUGAACAUGCUUAGAUGGAUAGUUUGAUAACCACAGUUUUAAGUCCUUUGUGCAUAAUAAAGAUAUAUAUAUAUCAACUAUGAA